GUAGAGAAGUGUAGGGAACAGAGAGAGAGAGGGAAGGGUUAAAGGCAUUAUCGCAGCCAUUAGAGGGAAAAGUUGAAGCAGUACAAGCACAGUAGACUUCUCUCUCUUCCCCCCUCCCCCCUUCUCUCCCCCACUCCCCUCUUCUCGAGCUGUAUCAGUGUGUAGGGAGGGCAGUCAUCACGCCAUCCUGAGCAGCAAGAGCUGACGUUGGCCGAAGCUGCCAGGUAGCUGAAAAAAGGCACAGAAGGCAGCUGAUACCCACUUCUCAACGGUUUGUUUGGUUUUUUGCCUUUUUUUUUUUUUUUCCCCAGUCUGAAUCUGGACUUCAAGCAACACAGCGCCUGAGACAGCUCAUCUGAACCACACUGUAUUGCAAUACUCCCUCUUCCCAAAGAAAAAGACUACACUGAGUAGCAGAAUGGUGCCAGUGUUGCAGCUAGGGCUACAAUACAGAGCCUUUUUGUAACAUCUCUCUAUUCACGUAUUUAGAGAUACAUACACACACUCAUAUAUCAAUUCUUCCUUUUUUGAGGGCACCUUUGGCUUUUAUUACCCUGAUGUGACUUCUUCUUCAUCUUGGAAUGAUGGGGAUCUUUCUAGCUUAUGUUGGAUUCAUUUUCUUUUCAGUUAUGUAUAUUCAACAAGGACUUUCUACCCAAGCAAAAUUCACUGAGUUUCCCCGAAAUGUCACUGCCACUGAAGGGCAGAAUGUGGAGAUGUCUUGUGCUUUCCAAAGUGGCUCCGCUUCAGUGUACCUUGAAAUUCAGUGGUGGUUUCUGCGGGCGGCUGAGGACCAAGAGGCUGGAGCUGAGGUGACAGGCACUCAGGUGGAGCUCCUGCCCGAGCGGGACCUGGACAGCGACGGCACCAAGAUCAGCACAGUGAAAGUACAAGGCAAUGACAUCUCCCACAAGCUUCAGAUUUCAAAAGUGAGGAAAAAGGAUGAAGGCUUGUAUGAGUGCAGGGUGACCGAUGCCAACUAUGGAGACCUUCAGGAAUACAAGGCCCAGGCAUUUCUCAAAGUCAACGCUAACAGCCACUCUCGGCGAAUGCAAGCCUUUGAGGCAUCUCCAAUGUGGCUGCAAGACAUGAAACCUCGCAAAAACAUCUCAGCAGCUGUUCCAAGUAGCAUCCAUAACUCUGCCAAUCAGCGUGUGCGUGCCACCUCCAGCCCUGAAGCAGCAGCCAAAAUUCCCAAACAAAGUCCACAAUCAGGUGCGAGGAUAGCUACAAGCCAUGGACUUUCUGUCCUGCUUCUUGUUUGUGGCUUUGUGAAGGGUGCUUUGCUUUAAUCUAAAAGUGCUGACUUUUUCCAAUAUCACUUUCUCUUCUUAAAGCAAAGAGCAAAUCGCCUGUAAAAUCCACGGAGCGGACAGCAAAGUUGACCCUAACCUCCAACCACCACUCUGCACCCAAUGUACUCUAAAUCUCUACACAAGGAGCACCUUCUUCAGGAAGUACAAACAAAAUUACUAAAUAAAUAAAAUAAAUAAAUAAAUAUUAUAAAAAGAAGAGGAUACCACA